AUGGCUGGGACCAAUUCGAGGGCAGUUACAACCCGUUGGGGACCGACCCGGGGAACCGAAUCAACCCCGCCGGCCUUGAAGGCAUUUCCCCCAACAUGUACAACUUUUCCCGGCAGAAAAUCCCCGGUGGCCCCCACGGCCAGACAAGUCUCCCGGUUGUUGGUUGCGUGUGUCUGA